CUUCAAAACGAUUGGGAAACUUAUAAAAGCUCAAAACCCAGCUAGCGCAGCAAGAAGAGACCCAGAACUACUCAAUCAUUACAAAGAUUGACAAUCAGUGAUCAGUGAUCUUUUGGGCAUUCUAAGCUUUCUGUGAAUAUGGCUCAUGAAUACCCUCGCAGUUCAGGAUUUGAGCAGAGUUAUCGUUGCUACCCUGUCUCGUUCAUCGACAAGCAACAUCUGGAAAAGGGUGAUAAAAUUAUAAUGCCUCCCUCAGCUCUCGAUCGACUUGCAUCUAUGCAAGUUGACUACCCUAUGUUAUUUGAACUUAACAAUAGUAGUGCUGGACGAGUUACUCAUUGUGGGGUCUUGGAAUUUGUUGCUGAUGAGGGCCUCAUCUAUAUACCAUACUGGAUGAUGGAAAACAUGCUCCUACAAGAGGGGGACAUCGUUCAAGUGAAGAACAAAAGCCUUGUAAAGGGAACCUAUGUGAAGUUGCAGCCUCACACCAAGGACUUCCUUGAUAUUUCAAACCCCAAAGCCAUUUUGGAGACUACAUUGAGGAGCUACUCUUGUUUGACCACUGGUGACACUAUCAUGGUUCCUUAUAACAAUAAGAAGUAUUACAUUAACAUAGUUGAAGCAAAACCCUCAUCUGCAGUCAGUAUCAUUGAGACAGACUGUGAGGUUGAUUUUGCCCCUCCUCUUGAUUAUGUGGAACCUGAAAAACCAGCAUCAUCUACUUUGGCAAAGAAGAGACCACAAGAAGCUGAAGAAGAUCAAGUUCAAAAGGUUGCAAGGUUCAAUCCAUUUACAGGUUCAGCAAGGCGAUUGGACGGAAAGCCUUCGACAGAAUCAGUUGCACCCGUAAUUAAGCCGCACCAACUUGAGAGUGAAAAUGGAACCAAGGAUACCAAGCCAUCAACUUCUGCUUCACGCCAACGUUCUGGAAAGCUUGUGUUUGGUUCAAAUUCCAACCAGCCCACUAAAGAAGCCCCAAAAGUGGUGCCUAAGAAACAAGAGACAUCUGAGAAAGCACCAAAGAAACAAGAGACAUCUGAGAAGGCACAGGAGGAAAAAGAGACAAAGUUCCAAGCAUUCACAGGGAAGAAGUAUUCUCUAAAAGGAUGAGGUUAAGCAUUGGCCUUCAUUCCGAAAGAUAGAGAAAAAAGCGGCGUGCGUGAAGGCAUUUCUUCCAUCUAUUCUUUUUCAAGACACGAAAGGGUCGCGUAUUGGGCAGUGGAAGGAUGAAACGCAGAAUAUUCCUGCUCAUCUCCUUUUGACAUUAUGUAGAUAUCCAUCCUAAAAUUAAGUAGAACUUGUUCAUAACUUAUGAAUCAAGUUAAAUUCAUCUUCUGGAAUCAUCCACAGCAACAUUAUGCUUCAUGGUUAUUAUUUGAAAUUACACCUAUAUUCUCAC